UGUUACGUAACUUCCAUUAUCAGCAAUGCUGUCAACCAAUAUGGGCGGUAUUUGUAAACAAGCAAAGUUACGCGUUUCGGGUUGUUAAGCUUGAACCGUCCUAAUUUUCAACAAGCCUGGCCUCUUCUUCCUGGUGUUUCGAACGAUUUUAAACAUAUCUUUACAAUCUGGUGAUUAAUUACGUGAGAUAUAUCUCAGAUUGCAGCGACCUACAUUUAUUAUGCUAUGUGAUGCAAUCGAUGGACCAGUUUACAAAACGUGUUCCAUUCAAGUAGAGCCAAACAGUGCAGCGUGUGUUGGUGAGGGAGUUUUAUUUCCAUUGUGACAUUUUUUGGAGCCUAUUCUGAAGUGUAUUUACAGACUUUAACCAUCUAAACCUUGCUAAAUAUGACUGGCAAUAGGAAAAACACAUCAGUGAGUGAUUUUUCUACUGUGAAACGUAGUAGAAAGUCAGUGAGUUUGGAAAUUAAAUACAAAAUAAUUAAAUUGGCAGACAAUGGUGAAUCAAAUACCAAAAUAGCUAAAAAAUUGGAACUUCCCCGCACUACUGUGGUAAGAAUUAUGAAGGAUAAGGCCAGAAUAUUGGAAGAGGUUAAAGGUCAGGCCCCUAUGCAAGCUAAAUACAUUCGCCAGCGCGCUGGCCUCAUCACAAAAAUGGAAAAGCUUCUGAUAAAAUGGCUUGAUGAUCAGAUGUGCUGCCAUGUCCCUGUGAGCCCUGCAGUAAUUCAGGCUAAGGCUAGAAGUUUGUUUGAGAACCUGAAAUCAACUCAUGGUGAUGGCUCCCAAGAAGAAACCUUCCAGGCAAGUAAAGGAUGGUUUCAAAGAUUUAAAUCAAGAUUCAACUUGCAUAACAUGGAACAGAGUGAAGCUACAAGUGUAGAUGAAGAAUCAGCCAGAGGAUUUCCAGGAACAUUAGUUGAAACUGUUGUUGUGACGAGUCUCGAGGUCAUCAAGUCCAACAAGGGGCACCACAAGGUGAUCCACCUUGGGUUCAUGUACACCAAGCACAAAGCCAUCGGAGACAAAAUCCGGUGGCGCUGUGUUCAGCGGUCCACGCAGUGUAAGGGCAGUAUUUUCACGAGCCCCGAUUUCGGGGACCCGCGCGUCACCGUCAACCAUAACCACGCGCCCGACAUUGACGCCGUCGAAUUCGCACGAUGGCGGACGGUGAUAGCUGAGCGUGUUAAUCGUUUCCACAUUCGCCCGUCAAACCAAGCCGUCUGUGUGGAGAAGCCGGUGCAUGUCAAGACCGAGAUUCCAGAUACGCAAGAGCUUACGAUGGCAGGCCCUUCCUGCGCAGACACCGCCUUCAUGGGCAUUUUCCAGCAGCCCAGGGUGACCGGGUCGGCAGACUGGACUGUGUACCAGGCUCCUGACUUAGACGUAGAGACCGUCGUUGUGGGCUCGCCAGCUGUUCGUGUGGACACCCCAGACGAGGCUACAUGGUCGUCUCAGGAAGUCCCGCAGCAAGCCCCACCUGGAACAAAACAAGUGGUGGCCCCACCAGCACCGCCGCCUCCACCACCCGUCAAGAAGAGUCUACCUCUAAUUUCUCAGUCUACACCUAAGCCAGCCAUGUCAAAGCCAGCUCCUCAGCCCGUGUCUCCACCGCAGCCUCCUCCGCCUCCGCCCGAAGUUUGUCUCCGAUGGAACAGUUACCACUCGAACAUGCAGGCUACAUUUCCGAGCCUGCUGAGCAACGAGCAGUUCGUGGACGUCACAUUGGCCUGUGAGGGACGCAGUAUUAAGUGUCAUAAAGUGAUGCUAUCAGCAUGCAGCUCCUACUUCGAGGAGUUACUGAGUCAGAAUCCCUGCCAGCAUCCCAUUGUUUUAAUGAAGGACCUCAGGUUCUGGGAGGUGCAGGCGCUUGUGGACUUCAUGUACCGUGGGGAGGUGAAUGUGGGCCAAGAUAAUCUUCCCUCUCUGCUAGCAGCAGCUGAGGCACUGCAGAUUAAAGGAUUGGCUGGUCCAGCUUCCACGUCUUCAUCACACGAUGAAGACUCUCUACCGCCUUCUCUUGCACUUGCGACUGAUGAUUAUUUGGAUGAGUCCACAUCCUCCCCUUCCAGUGCGAGAAGAGCCAGGAAGAGGAGAACUAUAGCAUCUAUGCCAACUCUACGACAGAACACCAUCUCACCGCACCGGAACCCUGUGGGUCGACCGCGUCUGACGAGGCCGUCGCCUCAGCCAUCUACGUCAACUUACCACCUGGCAUCCGUGGCUUCUGAGCCUCCACUUCGACGAGCCAGGAGAUCUGAACCUGCCAGUCUUCCUGUUGGGGAGAUCAAGAUUGAGCCAGUGGAUAUUGAAAUUAGCAAUGAUUCUAUGGACCCCGUCGAUGAUGGAUUCGACAUGAACAAGACUUAUGAUGGCAGUGGCGGAGGUGACGUAAAUGACUCCAGCAAGCAAGGUGAUGAGGUGGGAGGCGACAGUAGAGGAACUGGUGGAGGGGGUAUGCAAGAAAACAGUGGGGACCUCUCAGAUGAUAAUAUGGCAAUUACAAGUGGACAUGAUUCAGAUCACAUGGACUAUGGCAACAGUACUGGCAUGAACUCAGAAUCAACUGAGAUUCCAACAAGUGGUGAAAGCAAGACAAAGAUCCAAGGUUAUAAAUAUGGAGAGGAGAGAACUGAUAACCCAGGGAUGUCUUCUUCAGAUAUGAACCCAACAUACCCAGAAGUGGUGCUGAAACCAAGGGCUGACAGUGCUUCGUCAGAAAGCAUUCUUGGACACCUGUGAAUCGGGCCGCAGCCGCCAUGAUGUUUGACUGAUUUUUUUAUAUAUAUAUAUAUACGUACUUCUAAGUUCCCUGUUGCUAGUGUAAUCUUGCAAAUAGGCUUCCUUUUGUAUGUCUUCAGUAAGCUAUGUGAAUACACCAGAGUUCACCGUCAACAACUUUAAAGUGUCCGUGACAGAGUUUGUUGGCUGUAAUGUUCUGUAAGCUGGUAGGACUAGCUGUUUGUAAGAGUCCAGUGGAGUAGGAAUGUUCCUCCCCUCACAUAACGGCAGAAACAGGUUUUUUUCCCAAAACGUCUUGUUUGAGAAAACCGAAGACGAUGGACAGAGUUCCUUUUAAGUUCUACAAAUUCAGUAUUCCAAUAGGUAAAAGUGAUGCAUAUAAUUUUAUAAGACAAAUUUAUAAUAUACUAUUCAUUGAAAAAUAUUGUUUUGAUGCUAAACCUCAGACUCACUCCAACUUAUCUGUAAUGCUUGCUACAGUGGAGAUGUACAGGAUUUCAGUAAAAAAAAAAAUUACAUCUGUAGCGUAAUAUUUCAAAACAUAAAGCUGCUGUAACCAAAAGGACUGUCUGCCCUGGAGCAGGUGAUGUGUAGCAUAAAAACUAAAACAUGGCUAGAAAUUGCCAGUGGUAAGCUAGUGUGUAGUUGUGAGGAUACUGCUUUGUGUGGUUACAGCAACAUAGCUACGUUAGAACAAUUGUGCAUGUGUACUGUAUUCAUUUUCCUGAGGAAAUAAAUAGCACUUAUUGAGCUAAA